AGACGACACAUUCUCUCUCCUCUCCUGUGCCUGCCUUGACACAAUCCAUUAUUCCUUCCCCUUCGCUUCGCUUAUUCCCCACUUCCCCCACCCCUCACCUCGCUCCCGUUCACACCACCACCACCACCCGCAGCCGCCGCCGCUCCCGCUGCCGCGUCCUCGGCCGUGGAGGGGCAUCGGCUCGGCUGCUGCGAGGCAAAGGCGUUCUCCCGGCGUGCCUCCUGGUGCGGGGUGGUCGUCUCGGUGGGAGGAGGAGCGGCAGGUUGUGUUACGGUGCUCCUCGUGCGAGAGGCGCUCCCGAUGCGGCGGGAUCGCGCGGCCGCCGCCCGGGCCCCGGCGUGAUUCGGCCCGAUUCGGCGGGGACGCUGGAUCUCGGUGCUUCCUUGGCGGGGGAACGCGUGGGAUUUCCGGCGGCGGUUCGGCGGUUCCUCGGAGGGAGCGGCGGGCGGGUUGGCGCUCAUCGGCGCGGGCGGUGAAGGUUAUCCGGAGCCGAUCUGGUUCCCUCGCGAGGCCUCGGAGUGUGUGGGUGGUUGGCGUGAGGAGGUUGAAGGCUUGAAGCAAGGCCAUGGGGCUCGCGCCGCCGGAGCUGGGGCAGUUCGACGGGUGGGAGAGCUCCGGGGAGGAGGAGCGGGAGCGCUGGGGCUGGUGCCGCCGCAGCCGCCGCGGCAGCAGCAGGCGCCGCGCGUCCCCCAAGGGCGCCGCCGACGACGACACCACCGUCGCCACCGGGUGCUGCAUCCGCCUCUGGCCCGUGGGCAGCUGCCCGCCGCCGCCGCCGACGAGGUCCAAGGUCGACACCUCCACCAGCAGCGCCAGCACGCACGGCGCAGAGAAGUCAACUGAAAAUGGUAGCAAGAACCAACCGGCUGCAUUAGUAGUCUCUGGUUCUACAACUACUAGUAACGCUGAGAGCAGUUCAUCUGCAUCUAAAGUUGGAGAGGAAAUAAAAGUUGCCUCUCAGCUGCGUAAGUUUGCAUUCAAUGAUCUAAAAUGUGCCACAAGGAACUUCCGGCCUGAAAGCCUUCUUGGAGAAGGGGGUUUUGGAUGUGUUUUUAAGGGGUGGAUUGAGGAGAAUGGAACUGCCCCUGUGAAACCUGGUACAGGUCUCACAGUUGCUGUCAAGACGCUCAAUCAUGAUGGGCUUCAAGGGCACAAAGAAUGGGUGGCUGAAGUUGAUUUUCUUGGAAACCUUCACCAUCCCAAUUUGGUGAGGUUGAUUGGCUAUUGUGUUGAAGAUGACCAAAGAUUGCUGGUGUACGAAUUCAUGCCCCGUGGCAGUUUGGAUAACCAUCUAUUCAGAAGGUCUCUUCCUCUUCCAUGGGCUGUCAGAAUGAAGGUUGCUCUUGGAGCAGCAAAGGGUCUUGCUUUCCUUCAUGAAGAAGCAGAAAGACCAGUCAUUUAUCGUGAUUUUAAAACAUCUAAUAUACUGUUAGAUGCGGAGUAUAAUGCAAAGCUCUCAGAUUUUGGGCUUGCCAAAGACGGCCCUGUAGGUGAUAAAACUCAUGUCUCUACUCGAGUAAUGGGGACCUAUGGUUAUGCAGCACCGGAGUAUGUCAUGACAGGUCAUUUGACAUCAAAAAGUGAUGUGUACAGCUUUGGAGUAGUGCUUCUUGAGAUGAUGUCUGGGCGCAGGUCAAUGGACAAGAACCGCCCUAACGGCGAGCACAACCUCGUCGAGUGGGCACGCCCCCUCCUAGGAGAGAGGCAGCGGUUCUACAAGCUAAUCGACCCUCGCCUGGAGGGCAACUUCUCUGUCAAGGGCGCCCAGAAGGCAGCGCAGCUGGCGCGUGCCUGCCUCAGCCGUGACCCCAAGGCGCGCCCGCUGAUGAGCCAGGUGGUGGAAGCCCUCAAGCCGCUGCUGAACCUCAAGGACAUGGCCAGCUCCUCCUACUUCUACCAGACGAUGCAGGCAGAGCGGAUGGCGCACUCGAGCAGCAUGAACGGGAGGACCCUCAAGUCACAGGGCCCUUUCGCGGCACGGAACGGGCAGCAGCCGGUGAGGAGCCUCUCCGACGGGCCCCGCGCCUCCCCGUUCCGCUACUCGCCGAAGCCAAACAUGAAGUGAUCCGGAGGCAUGGACGUGGCUGUGGCUCCGGUACCCCGGGUGAAACAUCGGGAAGUGAUCCGGAGGCAUGGACGUGGCCGUGGCUCCGGUACCCCGGGUGAAACAUCGGGAAGUGAUCCGGAGGCAUGGACGUGGCCGUGGCUCCGGUACCCCGGGUGAAACAUGGGGGGGGGGGGGGGGGGGGGGGGGGUUCGUUCUUCUGGUGGGGAAACUUGGUGGGGGUGGCUGGUUUGGGGCUGAAAUGCUGGCGUCGACCCUGAAUUGCUGCUUGUUGUAGAUUGACCUGUGCACAAAGGAUAUAGGUUAAAAAAGGAGGUGUAGGUAUGAGGAUCUCCUUUGUGGAUGUUUUUCGCUGAGGUUUUAGCUGAAUGCUGAUGGACCGUUUUCUAUAUAUGUUUUGUCCCAAUUAAGGUAGCUUUGGGUGAUUCCCAAUUAAAUCUUGAUAGUUAGUUGCUCUUUGUAGGUCUGGUUGAAGAUAAAUGCCGACUUACUGCCCUUCGAAGCAAAUGAUUCUGUCUUCAUUUU